AUGUCAACAUCACAAAUAGACGCAGAUAAAGAAAAUCAAAUAAGCGCAGUUAUAGAUUUUUUAAAUAAUAAUGAAGAAGUAAAUGUUUUAGAUACCAAAAAAGAUGAGGAAAAAGUUGAUAGUGAAAUAUCUAAGAAAGAGAAAAAAAGGAAAAAAGAUAAGUUUCCUUCGAAAAAAGAAAAAAAAAAAAAGGCAAUGAAUGAAGAAGAAAUUGCGGAAAGAAAUAAGAGAACAAUUUUUGUUGGAAAUAUACCAUUGAAAGAUGUAUCAAUAUCCAAAUUAUUGAAGAUUUUAAAUAUAGAAAAAUCAAUUGUAGAAACGGUUCGUUUUCGAUCGUUACCUUUAGAAGAAAAAUAUGCAGAUAAGAAAAGGCUGGGGGUCAUGCGAAAAAAAUUUACGGAUGUGAAGGAUAAUAAAAAUGCCUUGGUGACUUUGAAGGAAGAAAAAGAUGUUCCCCUUUUACUCGAAAGAAAUGGCACGAUGUACGAAGGGUAUGUUUUAAGGGUUAAUAAAUUUGGAGAUAGCAAAUCGUUCAGUAGGAAGAAAUCCAUAUGUAUUAAAAAUCUUUGCAAGAAGUUGAAUGAGAAGGACUUGUACGAAAUUAUGAAGGAUGUGGAUACAAUAAAGGGUGUUAGAAUAUUGAGAGACACUGCAACGAGUAUGUCAACGGGUACAGCAUUUAUUUUAUUUGAAAGUCGAAGUGCUGUGAAAAAGGCCAUACAACAAUUUAAUGGAUAUACAAUAAAU